AUGGACCGGGCGAGCGGCAGCCCGCCGCCCAGCCCCCCCGCGCAGACCGGCUUCAGCGCCUUCUGCAGCGCGCUCUCUGACACGCUCUCGGGAAUGGCUACCACGUCGAGAAGCAGAAGAAAACAGGAAGAUGAGAAAAAGAGUAAGAAGAAACAGUCGCCCGUGGACGACCGGCCCGUAGUCCCAGCACCCAGUGAAGCUAUGCUCAACAAUCUACGCACGGCAUUCGGUCUGCUGGACCGCGACAGUGAUGGUCACGUGACUCCAGCCGAGCUGCAGUUCAUGCUCCGGAACCUCGGCAUCACCGUCAGCGACGACCUCAUCGGUGAACUCAUUAAGGAUGCCAGUAAAACUGGUAACGGUCUAAUAGACGAGAAUGACUUCAUGCAAUGGGUGACGAAGAUACAGGCGUUACAAGGGCUGGAUGUCACGACGAGCGGCGGCGACUCUGAAGAGGAGAUCACAAGAGAUCUACUCGCAGCAUUUAAGGUGUUCGACCGCGAUGACAACGGGUAUAUAACGCGGGACGAGCUUCGAGCAGCGUUGGAGAUGAUCGGCGAACCAGUUACUGACGCGCAGCUGAAUCAAGUCCUGGCACUAGGAGACAUCGACCAUGAUGGCAGGAUUGACUAUGAAGAAUUUGUAAAGAUGCUGUUGUAA